AUGGGCCGCGAGAGCAUGCUUCACAACAUUAACCGCACCCUGCGGAUUGUGCUAAUUGAUGGCAGGGAACUGACGGGUAAACUUCUCGUCUACGAUCGCCACAUGAACGUUGUGUUGGGUGACGCCACGGAGAGUCGUGAGGAGACGAAGAAGAUGAAGGAGGCAGGCAUUAGUCCACAGCGCAGCCUAGGGCUUGUGUUGCUUCGCGGCGUACAUGUUAUCUCCGUCAAUGUGCUCGGUGCCAGCGAGAACAAUGGGGACGGGGAGGGGAAGACGAAGGGGCAGCCGGCGAACUUCGAGAAGGCGCCACGGGCGAAGGUGGCCGGAGCGAAGCGGAAGCGCUAA